AGGUGAUCUCCCGUGUUUAGUAGAUACAAACAUAUACAUUCACGAUCCUCACACUACGAAAAUGUCUGGACGAGCACCUCAACAGCCUCUCGCUAUCGGCGCCGGAGCUUCCAGCCCCUUGACCUGGUUCUGGAACGACCAGGUCGUCAACCCUGAACACCGAGCUGGUAACAUCAACAUUGCCAUCGGUGUCACCACCUUCGCCCUCGGAGUCCUCGCCGUAAGGAACUUUGGUGGAAUCCUCGUUCCCGGGUUCUAAGCCCAUACAUCAUCACGGCGUCACACGAAUGAAGGCGAUGGAAUAGUCUGGAAGGGUGCAGGAACGGUGGAUCCAGGAAGGAAGGAGUCCUGGAUGAGGAAUGGCGGGAUUCUCGGCAAGCCUUGGCGGCUUUGUAUCAAAUAGUAAAUCACAACGACGACACCUAAUCGAUCAUUCAGCCUCAAUCGCCUAGGUUUUCAGAUCGUUGCUGAACAUAAGGAAGCUUCACGUAUAUGAACUGGUCAUCCCUC